UAAAGAAAAACUUUCAUAAACCUUUAGAAAGCCUAGAGAAGUAUUAAACCAAAACAUGUACAAAUAUUACUACGACGAUGCACUAAAAUCGCAAAUAAUCCUAACAUCGAACAACUUUUAAAGACAUGAAGGGGUAUCUAUAACUGGGGGAGGGUUCGGGUAUAGGAGGUGUGUUUUAGGGGGAGUGGUGCUGAAAGAACAGCUCCUCUUCAUCAUAAAACAAGCAGAGGGCUCCGCUGCUCCGUCAGUCAGUAGAGCCAUGAGCCAACCGAGCUCCCCGUCCUGCAGCCCCGCGCUGCCUCUCCGACUGCGCCCCUGACCCUGCACCGACCGUAGCUAUGAAGAGGCAGAACGUGCGGACCCUCGCCCUCAUCAUCUGCACCUUCACCUACCUGAUCGUGGGCGCCGCGAUCUUUGACGUGCUGGAGUCUCAGGAGGAGACAACCCAGAAGGAAAGUCUAGACAUCAGGAAGCAGGAGCUGCUCAACACUUUCAACCUCUCCAAAGAGGACUUUGACGAGCUAGAGAAGGUGGUGCUGCAGCUUAAACCGCACAAAGCCGGCGUGCAGUGGAAAUUCGCAGGCUCCUUUUAUUUCGCCAUCACGGUGAUCACCACCAUAGGAUAUGGCCAUGCAGCCCCAAGCACAGAUGGAGGAAAGGUGUUCUGCAUGCUCUAUGCCCUCCUAGGCAUCCCCCUCACUUUGGUCAUGUUCCAGAGUGUUGGUGAGCGGAUCAACACCUUUGUCAGAUUCCUGCUCCACCGCCUAAAGAAGUGCCUUGGAAUGAGGCGCACCGAAGUCUCCUUGGCCAACAUGGUGACCAUUGGUUUUAUAUCCUGCAUGAGCACACUGUGUGUGGGAGCCAUGGCCUUCUCCCACUUUGAAGAGUGGAGCUUCUUUCAUGCGUACUACUACUGCUUCAUCACACUCACUACCAUUGGUUUUGGGGACUAUGUGGCUUUGCAGAAUAAGCAUGCCCUGCAGACCAAGCCAGAGUAUGUGGCCUUUAGCUUUAUCUACAUCCUGACAGGCCUGGCGGUGAUUGGAGCCUUCCUCAACUUAGCAGUACUGAGAUUUAUGACAAUGAACACUGAGGAUGAGAAAAGGGACGCUGAGCAGAGGGCUCUUCUUGCCCAUAACGGUCAGGUGGGUGGGCACAUCAACUGCUCUGUAGACACAGUCUCCCCCUCCUCUACGCCGCCUGGGUGUGGUGGUGGAAGUGCAGUCGGAGGGAGCGGUGCAGGGGCCGCGAGCCGCGGCUUGCGUAACGUUUAUGCCGAGGUUCUCCACUUCCAGUCCAUGUGCUCCUGUCUUUGGUAUAAGAGCAGAGAGAAGCUGCAGUACUCCAUACCCAUGAUCAUCCCACGUGACCUCUCCACAUCAGACACCUACAUGGAGCAGGGAGAGGCUUUUUCCAACCCUCUUCAUUCUAACAGCUGCAUGUGCAGCUUGCAGCAUCCCUCAGGCAUUAGCUCAGUGUCCACAGGUUUGCACAGCAUCAACACUUACAGGAGACUGAAUAAACGCAGGAGCUCUAUCUAAACACCUGGAGAACUUUGUUUUACUGUCUAUUUACGUGUAUCACCAUGGGAAACAAUACAGCAAGAAUUAUAAUGGACACCAAGGGAACAAAACUCCACUUUUAAAGAGAUUUCACUCUACUAACCCGGGCUUUGUUUUGGAAUAGAAUAAUCUGGUGGUUUGGACUCCAGACAUGAUUCUUCCAUUGACAGAUCAUGAACCAUUUAAAAUUAAGAUUCCCACUGAAGCUUCGGAGAUGUACUGGUAAUGGUUGUUUAAAUAGCAUUCAUGGCAUCCUUUGACACUCUUGGACCUCUGCAAUAUGUAAACUCUGAAAUGAGUAUUUUCUUUGUCAGAAGGUAUGGAUUUCCAAAUCCUAAUCUGAAAGAGAUAGAAAGGAAUGUGAGACAUGUCUUAAGAGAUUAAUCUGAUAAGCCCUUAAAACAUUUUUUUUAAAUAAAAUAAAUUUAAUUUUCCCAGAAGAAAACGUUUUGGUCAGAAACUGACUUGAAGAGUGAAACUAAAAUGUAUGUACAUAUUUGGACACUUCACAUAAAGUGUUCAAAAAACGUUUUUUUCUGUAUUUAUGUUUCCACAGUACAGGUUCAAGCCAAACUUCCCGAUCUUAAGAUUUGCUUCUCUUUUGUGAGGAUAAAUUACAUUAAAUUAUGUAUCUCACUAGUUUAGAAUUGCUGCCAUACACUGUCAUUUUGCAAAAGUGUAUUUAUCUUUUUUGUAACAAUUCUCACAUUACAAUCACAGACUUCAAUGCAUUUUAUUGGGAUAGUAUGACAAAGACAAACAAAAAGUUGCUUGUAAUUGUGAAGUUUGCAUUGGUAACAUUACCUUGCCUAAAUAUCUCCACAACCUUGUCCCUGAGCUCUGUGAUAUGAUUCUUGGUCUUCAUUAUGCUGUUUGCUCAAUGUUUUCUAACCAACAUCUGAGCUAUUCAGAGAACAGCUGCAUUAAUACAGAGAAUAAAUUAUUAACAGGUGGGCAGUAUUUGCUUAUUAGGCAACUUAAAGAUGGUUGAUUGAACAAGAUUUUAUUUAUUUUUGAAUACAAAUACCAACAAAACACUUUUCAGAUACUUAAACAAUCUUAAAAUUAAAAAUGUCCUUCCACUUUGCAAUUCUGCAGCACUUUGGGUUAUUUUACCUUAUAAAAUCCCAAUAAGAUACAUUAAGUUUGGGGGUAAUGACAAAAUGAGGAAAAUUGUAUAAAUGCAUUUGCAAAGCACUGUUAGCAUCUGACAUAAUGGUGUUGUUCACCACUAGGCCUCCUUUUGUCACUUUUCCAUAGCUUUUUAAAAUAACUAUGAAUUUAUUUUUCAUAGGUUGUCCCUGUGCAAUCAUCUGAAUUAUGUACAUGUUGCUCAUCAUAUGUUUUUGUGUAAUUGGACUAUAAUCUGAGAGUUUAAAUCAGAACAUGUAAACUCACCUGUGUAUUGUAGAAAGGCAUAUCUUAUUCAUUGCUGCAACUUGGAGAACUGUUGUUUGUGCUUUCAGACACUGGGACUCAAUGCACAUAUUUUAUUUUUUUUAAUGAAUCCCACCAUUUUAUGUUUCGUAAAUGAUAAGACCUAAAUGAUUAUUACUUGUCAGAGAAGUGAGAAGCAUUUGCGUUGAUGCUCUGUUUAUUGUGCACCUCACAAACAAACAUCCUCAGAUUUUGCACGUCUUGCACUUACAGAGGGGGCCGCUCUCCAGCCCUGUCAAACGCACUUGACUCAACUACAUGAGGUCUUUUAUGCAGUGUUGAUUUUGUUCUUUGGAAGAAUUGACCUUUGUCUUUAUUGUAUUUCUGUAAUUUAUCUUCACAGUGAGUCAUUUUGGUUUUCAGUUUUUCUUUUCUACUGGAAAGUUCAUGACUACAGUGAACCCUUUAGUGUUUUUCAGCAACUCACUACUACCUGAUGAGAAGAGCUAUGUGUGUUACAUGUACAUGUUUUUCUUUUCUUUGACCAUAAUAAAAUAUUAUUUAAUUUAA